GUGCGACCUAACGCCCACCUAUAUAUCCAUCCCGAUGGCGGGCUGUGUAUGCCUUGGGGCUUUUAGGGUUAGGAGCGAAUGCGCCUUGGCUGCGCAUCAUGAGGUCAGCAUCAUUGAUACACAGGUGGCUUGUGGUUUUUCUACUAUGCACCUCAAAUGCUUUUUCUCGUAUAACCCUGAAAGUCCUACGAACGAACAAUUAAUCCACAUUGAAAAUUUGAACUAGAGUUAGCUACAUAUACGAUAUAAGAUGGGGGGCAAUUCAGCUCGAUUCCGGCGGGAAUCCCAGCAAAAAAGACAAUUUUCCGGAGGACACGAGGACGACACGAAUCGAAAGCGUUCCUAUCGGAUUCAUUAUGUCUAAUACCAAGAGAAUCCACAGACCAAUAUUCUAUAAAAAUGUAAAAGCUAUUAUUAAGGAUGUAGUCUACGGUCGACCAAUUCAUGGCAAACAUGACACCAAACCUCGGGAGUGUCCCGAGAAGACUCGCCCUGUUUCAAAUAACGUUGAUCCAAACGAAAAAUCCAGUGAGUUGGGAAUAGGUGGUACAGCACCAGCUGUAAUCCCAACUCAGAACACCUCGGAGACGAUGUGUUUCCCAACAUGCGUAGGACCAGACAGUACGAAUCCCGGAGCUGAGCCACUUCCAGCUAAAAAUCGACAUACGUUUCCUCUUUCUGAAAAAGAAGACUUGGAGUUCAAAGCCAAAGGGUCUAAAACCAGGACUGCCGCACCCCGAGAAACAGAAACGCCGGGUCAACAACAACAACCUGUUCCCGAUGACUUUAAACGCACAGAUAAAAACAGCAAACAGAUUUUACAGAGGGAAUUUCAGUCAGAUAUAGACGCCAUGACUGAAAAGUUAUUGGAAUUGCAACGGAGAAGGGAUGCCGAUACCAAGGCAGCCGAAGAUUCGAAACAAUUCGUCCGAGCUUGGGAACUAAAACUACUUCCCGCUCUAGAAAAGAUCAUGGAUGAUAAUGUUAAAGACGGAUAUAGCAUCAAUGUCCGUCGGGGAGAGGAGACCGGCCAUCGCGUGAUUGAAAUCAUGACUUCCGACGAUGUGAAGACCGACGUCCAGACGACCCUCCAAGAAGCCAAGGAUAAGCAUCUCGACGGGGACCUCAAGACAAGAACUACUAUGCGAUUCCGAUUAGGAUACAUCAAACGCCUAGCUGAAGAAAACCCCACCCUAAGAUCGACUCAAAGCGAGGAAUGGCUUACACCAGUAAAUACUCGUCGCUAUACAAACCCGGUCAUGGGAGACUCAAUAGGCCCGCACUUUAGAGAAGGUGGGAGUGCUACGAUGGGACCUUUACUUCAGAUAGCACAGAAGCUCUACCGCAUAUUAAAUUGGCACACUUUUGACGAUGAAGAUCAAUGUCGACGCUGUGAAGACCCCAACCCGCCAGCAUUAGAUGCCUACCAUCCCUCGCUAGACGACGCAAUGAAUUCUGGCGAGCAGAGCAUUUCAAUCGGCAAGACGGUCGCAUACUCGGGUCUGAUGCACAAGACCUGGCGAAUGUCUAACUCAAUACAGAGUGCAUUCCAAGAGGAAUUGGGGGAGGAAACUAGCCCAGUGAAGACAGUGACAGACUGGGUUUUAGUUGAGACCACCACGAAAUAUCAAGUGAAUAAAGUGCGCGGAGGUGGAAUCUCCUUCCUUACCGAUAGAUGCAACUCUUUCUCAAAGGACGUCACAAUGACUGCAAACCCAAAAGUCCGCGGUUCUCAGCUUGUGUACUCUACUGGUCGGUCCAGUGGACACUCGUUCGGUCAAAUCUGCGAGGUUCCUUCCCUUUAUGUGCUCCGUGGCGGCGUUAGAACUCGAAACUGGUGCAUCGAGAGUACUGCUCAGGGUGAUGAUUGGAAUCGAGGUGGUAUGGGCAUCCCCGGAGAUUCAGGCGCACCAGUAAUUGAGCAAACCACCGACAAGCUUCUCGGCCAGAUCUGGGGGCGGGAUAAGUACGAUAAAUCAGAUGGCAAAAGUUCUCCUGUCACAUACUUCUCAGCAAUCUCAGACAUCUAUGACGAUAUUCAAGAACGAAUGCAAACAGCAGAUGUCCCCAAACUUCCCACGAAUGCAUCACGCGAGACCAGUAGAUCAGCAAGUCCAAUACAAGGUGUACCUCCUAUAGCAAAUGACGGCCGAAGGCCAACACUCGCCAGCAUCAGCGAAGACGGGGACGAACAACCAGUAGCGCAAACCGGAAAUCUAAUCGAGAGACGCUCAAACGCGAGAAGUUCCACGCCCAUGGCGAGGUUAUCCGGAUAUGGCGGGAAAUUGCCAGGGUUGGAACCGGUUCGGAGGUGGACAAUGAUUGCACACGCUGCGACAUUUUAGGAGGUGUUACGGCGUUUUCUCAUUUUCCUUUCCCGUCUGGGCUUUUUGUGGCGUUUUUCUAAGGAGGGGAAAGGGAAAGGUAUCACGGUGCGUAGGCGUUUUUCCUCCACGGUACAGUCGUUCUGUCAGGAUGGGUAUAAUGUACACUAAAGCAAGCCACUUGGGUUUCACUGUAGUAACAAAUCAUAAAUUUUGACUUGGCUUUAAGUGUGUUGGUGUAUUCGCUGUAAGUAAAGUGAGAAGAGUUCGACAUACCAUUUUCCGAUUUCGCUACAUAUAAUAUAUAGCGUUCUUUAAUCUCGGAGUUCGCAUAGAUUGGCCAUCAUGAACGCCGUGUAAGGCAA